ACAGGCAUGCUUGAGCUGAAUCGGAGGGAGGUUAAACAGUGGUUUUCAGGCCCAGCGAAGUUUUUUUUCAAGAGUUUUAACCCAACAAUUGCCCUGAAGUAGGUCAAAUUAACUUUAGGAUUUGGCGAUGAUUUUAUUGUGAAAGUUCAUCAGGGACCGCGUGAUUGUUGGUUUGGCGGUCCAUUGAAGACAGAAUGGGCCAGACGUCUGUCUCCACCUUGUCUCAAAAUGCGAGUGUUGAUGGACUGGAAAAAGCAUCUCUGUCCAACUGUGAUGUUGUGGUGGGCAGCACCCAGACUCCUCCACUGAAGCAGAAGGGGAAGCUCUCCACUAUAGGGAAGAUCUUCAAACCCUGGAAAUGGCGCAAGAAGAAAACCAGUGACAAGUUUCAGGACCUAUCCAAAGUUCUGGAGAGGAAAAUCUCCACGAGGCAAAGUCGAGAGGAGCUGAUAAGACGAGGCGUUCUCAUUCCCGAUCAAGAGGAGCCAGUGAACUCUGAGAAUCUAAAUGGCCAUGCAACGCCUAGUGUGGGGUCUGAUGAGGUCAAAGUUGACAUGGAGUCUCUGCAAACACCUUUGGAGGAGAAGACAGAAGGGUCGGAGAAUGCUGAGGACAAAGCAGCCAAAUCCUCUCAUCCUAAGAAAACUGGAGGCACAUCCAAGAGCACGGCCCAGUCCUCAUCCUCCUCAUCGUCCACACCGCAUACCACAAAGACCUCCAAGGACAGGCCUGCCAACCCAACUGGGACAGAGAAGACAAACAAGCGCGUCCUCCAACUAGUAACUGACCCUUCCAGCUUCUCUGGAGCUCCCAAGGCCUCCCCAGAGACAGACAGCCUUUCUGGGGAGAGACGGGUCCCGGGCCCUGGGGAUGGGCAUGGGAACCAGGGGUGCAAGGAGGAGCCCUCUUCUGGCCCAGAGGGCAGGCCUGCUGCUCAGGAUGACUCCUCUCUGACUGGAAUGGAUAAAGACAAUGCCUUAGGAGCCAGUCCUCAGGACCCUGGAGAAAAGGCCCCUCUGGUCAACAACGCCACUGAGGACACUUUCUUCACCGAGUCUCAUAGCGAGAGCUCCAUGGAGGAAGCCCUGGGGACUGGGGAAGAUGGAGGUGGUGACCGUGGGCAACAGUCGGGGGACGCAGACCAUGAGUUAGAGAAACGUCAGUGGCCUACCAAUGGGAUUGGAGAGAAGAAGCUCCACAGUGUUAACCUGCAGAGCCCAGAGGUUACAGUCAUCCCAGACAGCAUUACGGAGUCUGACUACCAGUCCACAGUCAGCGACUCCGACUCAGAUGGGCCCAUCCUCUACCGAGACGAAGACGAGGAUGAGGAGGACGAGUAUACCACAAGCUCCCUAGCCAGUAAGAUCCGCCGCAGGGACACCCUGGCCAUCAAACUGGGCAACCGGCCCAGCAAGAGAGAGCUGGAGGAGAAGAACAUCCUGCCUCGCACCUCUGAGACCGAGAGGCAGGAACUCCGGCAACAGAUUCACUCCAAGCUAGUGAGACGACUUAGUCAGAGGCCCAGCACUGAGGAACUGGAGCAGAGGAACAUUCUGAAACAGACGAAUGAAGCUGAUAAACAUGAAGCCAUACAAGAGAUUAAAAGAAGACUCUCCCGAAAGCUGAGUGUGAGGCCCACAGUAGCAGAGCUGGUGGCUCGGCGGAUUCUGCGCUUCAAUGAGUAUGUGGAGUGCACAGAUGCUAAGGACUAUGACCGCCGUGCAGACAAACCCUGGACCAGGCUCACUCCAGCUGACAAAGCUGCUAUCCGUAAAGAACUGAAUGAGUUCAAAAGCAAAGAGAUGGAAGUUCAUGAAGAGAGCAAGCAAUUCACCAGGUUCCAUCGGCCCUGAGGUGUCUAUUUCUCCAGUGGGGGUCCUGGUCAGCUGCCGGCCCUGCCUGAGGGCUCUUUCUUCCCGCUGCCCUGUGUCCCGCUGUGGGCUUCCCCGAAGCCUGGAGCCUAGAUGCCCCUAGGCACAGACACAUGGACAAUGUCCCCUGGGGCAAACCGGUCUCCAGCUAUAGAGAUCAAUGACAUUGGGCCACACCUGGUUACACAGACCAGACUGAGCUUUAGUGUUGUGUGGAAAGAUACAGAGAGAGAGAGUGGCCAAUAUCCAUCCAGAGAAUGUGAAUGGGCCGAGCCCAUGCCCAUUCACAGUCUUUACACACCAUGAAGAAAAAAAACUGUUGCACUUUGUAACACAGCGCUGAUUGAAUUACCCACAUACUGUACCUGUUGGCUUCCCCUAAUGCCCCCUAACAAGCUUUGACCAAGUCCCUGUGGAAGGGAAAUGGUUUUGCAACUAUGGCGAUGUUGUAGGUUAGGCAAGUCCAGCCAAGGGUAACGGUAAUCAAAUCAAUACAGCAUAAACGGUGCAAUUAAAUGCUUACUUGCGAGCUUCCUCAACAGUGCAAUGAAAAAUAUAAACAAAUCAAAAAGUUAAACACAUAGUCAUAAGCUUAACGUAAUGUAAGUGCAUGGAAAGUAGUGUUUAAGAAAGAAUGGUCACUUUUACUGCCAUGUGGUUUUGAUGGUGGAAAUGAAGGUGAUUUAGGUUUUGUUUUAAGGGGUGAUUGUUCAUGCUGAUCUUAAAGUGGCUGGGACUACAUGAAUUGUGCCUAGAUACUAAGCAUUAUGUAUCAUUACUAUAUGUGUCAUGCUUUUUGGAACUGUAAGUUACCAUUAUUGAGCAUAUCUUUAUGGGGACAGAGCAGAGGGGACCCUUUUGAUUGGUGUAGGCAAUUCUUUGCAAAUUCCCCUCUAUCUGCAAGUCAACCAGUGAGUUUCCAAAUUUAGAGCACGUUCAGACAAAAUUGGUCUGCUUUUGAUUGGUUGAGCUGUUCGUAAUGGAUGGUCUGUGUAGUUUGAAAGGAUGUGGUAAAUGUUAGCAUUUUACAGACCCAGAUAAAUCCAUCAGGAGCUUUUUUCCUGAUCAUAAAAUGUCUUCUGUAAAGCAUUUCUUUGACAUAUCUGUGAUCAGGUGCACCAAUCCAUCAGAAUUUAUAUUCAUUUCAGACUGCUAAGGGCAGGUGUAGAAUAUGGGAGGAGAACCACCGUAUUCAUGUCCAUUUCUUUCUCGUUCUAUAGAUUUUUUGUAAAAAAAUGUAUAUCUGAUGCAUGAUCACAACAUUACUGCCAAUUACCUGAUAGAUUUUUACAUUGAUGUGAUGAACAGGACAAUUUUCAUAGUUUCUUUUUAAACCCACCCCAAUCUCGAUUGAUGGCGCUAUGUGCUGUUCAUAUGUGAGUACUGUAUCUUUGAAUUAUGUCAUGUACAUAAUAGUAAUGUAUAUGCAGUUAUUGUCACUCCCAUAUUUAUCAUGCAUAUAGGUCUAUAUGUGCAUCAUAUGCCUCUAAAUGUCUUUAUUUUUCAGUUGUUGAUCACAUUACUGUAGAUACCAUUUAUGCGAAACAUCAACGGUGUAUGCUCAGGAGGAAGAUGCCAUAACCCUUCAGUAUUAGCUACAUAGACUGAAAGUGACCCCAUGGCCACUGAAUUGGUGUCACAUGUUGACUUAGACAUCCAUUAGGAUGUCAUGUAUAUUGAUGAAAAUACACACUGUAUGUCUCACCGUCAUUGUGUAUUGGUUUGUAUGAGAUACCUUUUUUUCGUACUGCUUCUGUGAUCAUUGUGCACAAUGGUUUUAAAGUGGCCAGGAUCCAAAUGUUGUAGAAGUGUGUUUGUGUUGAAAAUCAUCUGUGCAGUGGAAAGUAAUGUGUCUGCCUGGCCUGAGCCCACCGUGCAGUCAACUGUGAAGCCAUUGAGUGGGUCAAUUAAAAGCUGAGCAGGAGGGGGUGCACUCGGUCUCAGUGGCAUAUUGUCUUUCUAUCUGGUCCUUGGCCAUUGAUCCCAGUUGAGAAGGGAUAGUCCAAAGCACCUCUGUGGAUCUAGGCAGCAUCAAGUGCCAAAAGUAAAAUGUUCAGUCUCUUAGAAGGGUCAAACUUACAGGCAGGACUGCACACUUGACCAAAGACUACACAUCUCAAGUAAUAUUCUUUGUCAUAUUUUGAAGCAGUGUAUCUCUGUGCUGUAAAUAUAUGUAGCUAAUAUGUGUGUGGAAGAUACUUUAUGUGAAUGUCUAUUGAAGUGGAAUGGGUUACUUUAGAGCCGUUUGUUUGACACCUGCUAAACUCACAUUUUAUGCAAACACACAGAUGGUUUAAAAGUUGCUUAAAUGUCUUAACAUUUUACUAGAAGUAAGACAGAUGCAGCAUGUCAAUUUGUAUCACUUUCCAUUGGGUUACAUCAACACAACUCACAUGGAUGGGGGUUUAUUGGUUUCAGUUUGUAGGUUAAUGCAGGAGUUGCAGUCAAACCGACAUUGCUUGUCAGUGGAGGCUGCUGAGGGGAGAAC